AUGGAUAAACGAUUUAAUAUAAUGAUUAUUAUAUUUUGCUAUGUGAUAAAGACAGCAUAUUUACAGUGUCCAAUCGCGCAAGUGUGUGUGCAUGACCAAGUUUGUUGGGGUUCUUCAGUGUUGUUACCAGGCUUACACAUAUUUGGAUGUUGUUCAGGUUGUGGGGAUCCUUCAGAUGCUCCAAACGAUCCUGAUACAGGGACAACUGGCUGCAGACCACCCGCUACCUGUUUGCCGGAUGGAACAUUUGCACCUGUGCAGUGCAGAGGUGACCAAUUUACUGGCAGAUGUUUCUGCACUAAUGAAGAUGGUACUACAAUUUUUGGACAAAUGUGGAGAAAUGAAGCAGAAGGGAUGACAUGUGCAUGCAGUAGACGAAGAGCGGAGCUAGAAGCAAAAGAAAAUAGAACUGUAACCCUUCAUUGCACUACAUCUGGGGACUACGAACCGCUUCAGUGUGAUGAUGGGUUAUGUUGGUGCGCAGAACCUAGGACCGGUCAACCGACUGUAAUACCUGUGCCUGAGGAAGAUAUGAGGCGAUUGCCUUGUUACAGCACAUCAGAGAUCGGAAUGCAAUAUUUGAGGCAGUGUGAAAGCUUAGCAAUAGCCAGCACCAGGAUAACUCAAGAGCAAUCGAGGCACGGCACUAAUUUCUUCGGUAACCCUAUUCCAUCCUGUGACUACGAUGGGACUUACGGACCCGUACAAAUACGGAAUGACAAUGCUUACUGUAAGGGUCCUGACGGAGCCUCACUAGGGAACUGGCAUGUCGCGGUUAGCGACAUGGCCGGAAUGACCUGUAAUUGCGCACGAGACUUCUUUAUACAUUUUCCUGCGCGUGGUAUGACGAUGACACAGACAUGCUUGGCGAAUGGUAACUACCGACCAGAACAGAACAUAGGCGAUGUGUUUUUCUGUGUUGACAGUAAUGGAUAUCCAGUUACAGAUUUUCUGGACGCAUGGCCAGAGGAAGGUUGCAAAAGUUUUACAUAA